UUGAAGAGUGUUGGCGGUGAAAAGACACCCCAAACAGCAGCAAGACCAGCGGAGAAGGAGCAGAUAGAAACGACGGCAGACACACGAUGGCGGACGGCAAGGAAUUCACGUACUCGGACAUCUCGGAACACACGAGCAAGCGCGACUUGUACCUGGUGGUGCACGACAAAGUGUACAAUGCGAGUAGCUUCGUGGAUGAGCAUCCCGGCGGCGAAGAAGUGCUUUUAGACGUAGGCGGGCAAGACGCAACCGAAGCCUUCGAGGAUGUGGGACAUAGUGACGAAGCGAGGGAAAUCCUGAAUGGCCUGCUCAUUGGCAACCUGAAGCGAGCCCCCGGCGACGCCGCCCCCAAACCCUCCACCUCCACCACCCCCGGCGCUCCCAAGACGACCUCCGACUCCGCCGGCCUCGGCAUCGGCGUCUACGCCCUCAUUCUCGUCGGAGGCGCGGCGGCCUUUUUCGCGUAUCAGUAUCUGCAGAGUUCAUCCGCGCAGGGCAAGUCUUAGGGAGGCAGUAAGUUGUUCUUAGGCGGAUGCAGUGGUUUCGUGAGUGGUUGCGGUAGGUUUGUGGGUGAGGCGCUGCAGCGGUUGAUGUGGGUUGUGUGGGUGGGAGAUGAUAUGAGGAUGGAUCAUGCGGAGGAGGGGGUGGUCGUUGUUGUGGGCGUGUAGAUAUCCAUCUCCGAAUAAAGUGGGAAGAAGGAGGUGGCUGGGCUGGUUGCGGAGGUGGGCAUAGAAGCGACCACAGUAUUCUGCUCGGCCAAUGGGCCUGCGCACACCCCUGUGUAGUACCCUUGCGCUGCACUGGCAUAUCACGUGCUUUCGAACAAACGCGUUCCCCACACACACACACCAGCCCUAGACUGCACGGUAAUGUCAUCUCU